AUGACUGCCGUCUCCGUCGGAGAUCAUCAGAGCUAUCUACGAGACGUCCUUGCAAGACAGGCAAGGCGUCGCUUGAAGGUCGCACCUGAGCACUCUUAUUCUCCUCAGCCGACCAUCUCUGGAUCUGGACCGAGCGACAAAAUGGCUGGCCUCGGUGAACCAGGACCAAGCUCCGCUAAGGCUACUAAGUCGAAUGUCGUCAACUACGUGCCGGAGGAGGAGACUAUUCGGAAUGACUACACUGCAUGGUAUGGCGUCUCUGGUCAAGUCGGUGCGAAUUACAUUCUCGGAGCGAGGGAUCAUGAGAUAUGCGAGGAGUAUCCGGCACUGAGAAGACUCAUGGAUCUCAAGGCUGUCCAAGUGGCUGCUCAAGCGCAUCCGCCGCUAUACCUUCAACUUUCAUCCCCCACUUUAUCAACGAUGGAAUUGGCGUCAAAGCUGGCGCCUCAUCGUUUCGAUGUGAUCCUGGUACAUCCACAGGGAUCGUGGAAUGAGAUCAUGGAGCUACCUAUCCGUCAGCUGAGCGCUGAUCCUGGAUUUGUUUUUCUGUGGGUUGGUCGAGGCGAUCAAGAUGGUUUGGAAAAGGGGAGAGAGUGUCUCGCAAGAUGGGGCUUCAGACGGGCUGAAGAUAUAGUUUGGAUCAAGACGAAUCGAAGGAGAACGAGCCUGGAAGAUGAAGAAGGCGGUUCAGGGGAGCAUGAUGGCGAGAGAAAAAGCCACAAUGAGGGAGUCGGCGGGGGAGGACUCUUCUCGAGUCAGAAAGAACAUUGCUUGAUGGGGAUCAGGGGGACCGUCAGGCGAAGUACCGAUACGAGAUUCGUCCAUUGUAAUGUCGAUACGGACGUCAUGAUCUGGGAACCAGAAGACGAAGCAGGCUCCAUUCAUCCACCUUAUCUGUACACCUUGAUCGAGUCCUUCUGCUUGGGAACAUGCCGACUCCAGCUGUUCGCACCUCCAAGCAGAUCCAGGCAAGGCUGGGUGACGGUAUCAACGGAGCAUCUCUCCACCGAAUUGACAGUAUCCUCGGCAACGAUGACCGAAGUGGACCAUCCUACCGGGGCGAUCACUUCGAUCAACCCGCGUCAAGUCCUCCCGUUUGAGUCGAGUUCCUAUCGGGGCCUUAUGGCGCAAAGUCCAGAGGGUAGAGAUGCCCUCUCUUUCAACCAGGAGAUCGACGCUCUUCGUCCGAAAUCUCCAGUCCGCAGAGGAAGAGGCGGCGGACCGGCAGCCAGUGCCAAUACAGCGCCCCAUGGAGGCUUCGGAGGGACGAACUCGGCGCCGCCAUCACAUCUCUCGACUCGAGGAUCCACCCCAUCGCGAGGUCCACAAGGCAUCUCUCGCGGUGGAGCACGAGGUGGUCACAUGGGACAUGCCAUUCAGUCAGGUCAGAUGGGGCCACCACUAGCACUACCUCCUCAUUUCGCCAUGACUCAGCAUCACCCAGGACACGGUACCAUGCUAUACGACCAGUACGGGAAUUCCCAGGACACCAUGGCGAUGGCAAUGCUGGCUAUGCCACAUGGAUACUCUUUCCCAGGUGGCAUGUACGAUCCGAGAUUGGCAGCCCCACCAAUCCAACCGGACACGAUGCAGUAUCUUGCUCAACCUGGCGGGCGGCCAAUGUACUAUCACGAUAUGAUCUACUACGCAGACAAUAAUACUCAGGGAAUGAACAUGCUUUCGUCCAACGCAUAUCCUACGAUGGCACCUCAGGCGACAUUCAUGCUUCAACAGCGACAGGCUCAACCUGGGUCAAUGGUUGAUCCUCAACAAUGGUAUCAAGGCGUUGGCGUAGACGUAGGCCAGCAGAACACGGGGCACGGAUGGGGAUCUCAAUGGUAUGGUGGACAGUCCUGA